AGAGAGAGAGAGAGAGAGAGAGAGAGAAAUGGGGUAUAGUCUACUAAUGGUGGUGGUGGCGGGUUGGGCAGUGGGCUUAACAGGAGCUUGCUUAGUGGGUGGAGGUGCAGGUGGAGGUUCUUUGCUGAGAGAGAAUGCCUACGAGACGAGCUGCCCUGAUGCUGAGUCCAUAGUAUUUUCAUGGGUGGAGAAUGCUGCGGCCCAAGACCCUCGCAUGGCGGCCUCCCUUCUCCGCCUCCACUUCCAUGACUGCUUCGUAAAUGGUUGCGACGCGUCGGUGCUGUUGGAUGACACUGCAACAUUUGUUGGGGAGAAGAGUGCAGCUCCAAAUGUGAACUCAUUGAGGGGUUUUGAGGUGAUCGAUGGGAUCAAGGGUGACCUCGAAAUGGCUUGCCCUCAGACUGUGUCUUGUGCUGAUAUCUUGGCCAUGGCUGCUCGUGACUCUGUACUCCUUUCGGGUGGGCCCACAUGGCAAGUCCAGCUAGGACGGAAGGAUAGUUUGACUGCCAGCAAGGCUGCGGCGAACAACAACAUACCGGGCCCUAAUUCCAACGUGGCGAACCUUGUGUCUAAGUUUCAAAAUGUGGGCCUCACUCCCCAGGACAUGGUCACACUCUCAGGUGCACACACCAUAGGCAUGGCUCGGUGCUCGACCUUUCGCUCUCGUCUUCAAAGCAACUCGGGAGAUGAUGUGGAUAGAGAAUUCUUGGCUUCACUGCAACAAUUGUGCUCGGUGAACAGCAACAUGACAUUAGCCGUGCUUGAUGUGGGAACACCAGCAGUCUUUGACAACGAAUAUUAUGCUAACCUGGCGUCUGGCCAAGGGUUGUUGAGUUCAGAUCAAGCCCUUUUUGCUGAGGGUGGAAUAACCCGUGAGGUGGUGGAGAAUUAUGCUAGUGAUACCGAGUUCUUCUUCAAAAACUUCAGGAUGUCCAUGCUUAGGAUGGGUGCUAUCAAGCCUCUCACUGGUUCUAGUGGCGAGAUUCGACGCAACUGCAGAUCCAUCAACUGAUCUAUUCCAUUUGCUUUCUUGUGGUCUCUCUUUCUCUUCGUUGAUAGGAAUAUAGAAAAUAUGUUGUGUUGGUCCUCGUUGAUUCGUCUUUCAUAUGCAGUAUGCAGUGUGUGCUAGUCUGGUUGAAAGAGUCUGUGUAGUGUAACAUGCACUUGUUGCUUUUAAGUAUAAUGUAUAUUUCCUAUGAUGGAUACAUAGGGUAGGCAUGUCCCUAUAAGAGUGGUGUUAGUAUCAAGUAGUGUUAUCAAGACUGGCCCAGGUGGUCCAAUGUGUGGGACUGAUGACUAUCUAAUACUCUAAUAUGUGGGAUUGAUGACUAUCUAAGACUGAUAUAUUUUUGUUGAAUCA